AUGAAUACCUUAAAAGGUGUUGACAGUACUGUUAUGCGGAACAUUGGUAUUAGGUGUUUUUCCAACAGUGCCAUAUUUCGAAACAACGUUGAAAUAUCAUCAAUCCGGUCUACAUUGCCUAGCAAGAGAAUAUAUUUCUAUGCACUCCCGAUAACAAACAAGAAAACAUUUUUGCAUUGCAAAUAUAACAACGAUAUAUUCCCGAAUGGUAAGAAGACAUUAGAGGGUAAAAUAAUUGAUAAAGCUACAUCAGUAUGGAGCAAUUUUUCAAAGAGUCAAUCAAAGAUAAACCAAAAGGUAGUUAGAUCCAUCAAUAGAAUCUUAUCUAAGAUUCCAUGGCUAGAGUCAUGCCUUUUGUCAAUUCCAUCACAGAGGUUCAUUACCAGAAAGUUGAAGGAAGACAAAGAUCUAAGAAUAGAGAAUUCUAACAAAUACGUAACCCACGAUGAGAUUUUAGAGAAGAAUAUAAAGGGGUCACAAUUGGAGAAAUUUGAUUACUAUUAUCCGAAAGAAUUGACCAAUAUGGGGUUGAUGCUACAGAAUUUCAAGCCGGAAUUCAAGAACCAGUAUGAAAUGCAUCGAAAGGGAAUCUGGAGAGAAUUGUUACUCUUGCCAUUGACAAUUCCCUUUGCACUAGUUCCGCUAUUACCAAACAUCCCGGGUUUUUAUCUAUUAUACAGAAUCUAUUGUCAUAUCAAGGUGAUUGCAUCCUUGAAAUUCUUGGUGCUACUACUGAAGGAUGGGCACUUAGACUACCAUAAAGUUGAAGGAAUCACAGAAAUCUACCUUUCGAGUAAUGAUGCACAAGUUAGAGCCAAUGUUAUCAAUGAGAUUGAUCGUGUUUCAAAACUACAAGAAUUUGCCGAAAAGGAUCUGGGAGAAACAGACCCUAAUGAGGAGAAGCUGCUGAUAUCGGAAGACGUUGCACAGGAGCUAUGCAAAGCCUUCAACGAUGAAGAAUGUACAGAGAAGUUGAUUUUUGCCAUUCAACAGGAACGAAAACAUUUGGAGGAGCAGAAGGCGACAAAAGAGUCAGAAUGA